GACAUAAAAAGAAGCAUAAAAUGUUAUUUUUUCCCCAAAAAACUUGAAUUUUUUUUGUUUAACCAAYCUAUUUAUUGCAGAACGUUUUCUGUUUCUGAGUAUUUAUUCAGUUUUUAUCAGUUUUCAGCUCCUGUUCUUCCUGUUAUUCUCAGGUUGUUUUCUAAUCUGGAACAGUUUGGGGGAUUUUCUGUUUUAUUUUCUGAAUAUAAUCUGGAYCAGGACCACUCCGCUCCGCUGCAGCUUCUUUUCGUCAACAUUUAUCAUUUCAAAGAAUUGUUUUUGUCUCCGGCGCGACGAGUUUCCACGCGCGCGCGCGCGGGUGUGAAGACACUUGGCGGCUGACGCCGGCAGGGUUUCCCCUCAGCRGCGUCUUUACUGGAGAUGGGCCGCCGUGCGCGCGCGCUGAUGAGCUGGGGGACGCGGGGACGCGCACGCGGCAGGUGCGUCCUCCUCCUCAGCAUCCCUCUCUUGUCUCCGCCCCCUCCUCUGACGCGCUGGGAGGAUUUAAGCGCGCGGCGGCGGUUUGAUGAGAGCUUUUCUGACUGACAGGUUUCAAAACUCGACGAGUUUCGAGUUUCAGACAAAGAAAGGAGCCGAAGAAGAUUCGUCUGCGUGGGACUAGAAGUGUCUCAGUUCACAGCUCGCCACGUGAGCGCGCGGUUCAGAGAUGAACUCCGAGCUGGACUACGGAGGCUCCGGGAGCAGCGGCAACGGGAAGCUGCGCCAGUGGCUGAUCGAGCAGGUGGACUGCGGGAAGUACCCGGGUCUGGUGUGGGAGAACGACGAGAAGAGCAUCUUCAGGAUCCCGUGGAAACACGCGGGGAAACAGGACUACAACCGGGACGAGGACGCCGCGCUUUUCAAGGCCUGGGCUCUGUUCAAAGGCAAGUUCCGGGAGGGGAUCGACAAGCCGGACCCCCCCACCUGGAAGACCCGGCUGCGCUGCGCCCUCAACAAGAGCAACGACUUUGAAGAGCUGGUGGAGAGGAGCCAGUUGGACAUCUCCGAUCCGUACAAAGUGUACCGCAUCAUCCCGGAGGGGGCCAAGAAACGACCCAGACAGGAGGACAGUCCUCUGAGUCCUGUCAGCUACCAGAUGCACCCCUCCUACCCUGUGCCCUCUCAGAUGCAACAGUACAUGCCGAACCCAGAAUGCACCUGGAGAGACUACUGUCCGGAGCAGGCGUCUCUGCCAGACCUCCCCUUCACUCAGUGUCCCUGUCCCCCCCGCAGCCUGUCCUGGCAGCCGCCAUCCAUGGAGAAUGGGUACCAGCUCAGAGCGUCCAUCUACUCGUACGGCCCCGCCCCCGUUGACAGUCAGUCCUCGCCGUUUUCGCUGGACGCCAGCAUCAGAUCAGCCGAGGCGCUCUCAGACUACCGUCUUCACGUCUCCGUGUUUUUACGGGACGCUCUGGUGAGGGAGGUGACCACGUCCAGUCUGGAGGGCUGCCACAUCACCCCGUGCCCCCCGGAGAAGCACUACCUGACGCCCGGAGGCCCAGAAAUCGUCCCYCUGCCGGUGGACAACCUCUCCACCCCGAGGAGGGGGGACGAGUGUCCGCCGAGCCCGCCGUCCGCCCUGGAUAAGGGCGUCCAGCUCUGGAUGGGCGCCGAUGGACUCUACGCCCGCAGGAUGUGCCAGAGCCGGGUGUACUGGGAGGGCGGCCCGUCGCCGUACGGAGACAAACCCAACAAGCUGGAGAAAGACGUCAUCUGCAGACUUCUGCACACGCAGGACUACCUGACAGAGAUCCAGAGUUACGGGCUCCACGGUCGGCCGCCGUCUCGAUUCCAGGUCCUGCUGAGUUUCGGAGACGAGUGUCUGGACCCGCAGAGACAAAGACGGACGCUGACUGUCCAGGUGGAGCCGUUGCUCUCCAGGCAGCUCCUGUACUACGCCCAGCAGACAGCGGGCAGCCACUACUACCGCAGCUACGAGCACCCCGGAGUGACGGAGCACAUUAACGCAACUGAGGACUACCAAAGAGCGAUCACGCACCACCACAGCAGCGCCAUGCAGGAGUGACCUCCCCACCCCCAACACACACACACACCCAAGAGCCAUUUGAGAGACUAACUCAUUAAAAAACGUUCACCGUUCAGCCGAACUGGACGCUAAACUCCGGGAUGGAUAGAGGCAAACGUGGGCGAUGUUGUACAGGAAACCAUGAACGUUUCAUUAGCCCCAUUGUCGAUUCUGUUUGGACGCACGAUUUAUUUUUUCGUACUAUAUGAAACUGACAGCUGAGGCGAUUGUACUGAAGAAAACAGCAACGAGGACUUCUGUGCCUUGAAUGAAUAAUGCAAAACACACGUUUACUUUUAUAUAUGGAGGUAGAACAUCUUGAAAUCUCAGGUAUAUCUAGCAGCUAGUUAGCUUAGCACAACAGAAACAUUUUAAGGUUCUGGGAACAACUAGCAGCUAGUUAGUUAAACUUAAACAUCUUUAAAAUUCAGGGAACAACUAGCAGUUUGUUAGCUUAGCACAACAUAAACAUUUUAAGAUUCAGGGAACAACUAGCAGCUAGUUAGUUAAACUUAACAUAAACAUCUUUAAAAUUCAGGGAACAACUAGCAGUUAGUUAGUUAAACUUAAACAAACAUCUUUAAAAUUUAGGGAACAACUAGCAGCUAGUUAGCUUAGCACAACAUAAACAUCUUAAAUAUCCAGGGAAAACUAGCAGCUAGUUAGCAAAGCUUAGCACAACAUAAACUUUAAAAUUCAGGGAACUACUAGAAGCUAGUUAGCUAAACUUAAACAUCUUUAAAAUUCAGAGAAUAACUAUUAGCUAGUUAGCUAAGUUUAACAUAAACAUCUUUAAAAGUCAGGGAACUAGAAGCUAGUUACUAGAAGCUAGUUAGCUUAGCACAACAUAAACAUCUUUAAAAUUCAGGGAACAACUAAAAGCUAGUUAGCUUAGCACAACAUAAACACCUUUAAAAUUCAGGGAACAACUAGCAGCUAGUUAGCUAAGUUUAACAUAAACAUCUUUAAAAUUCAGGGAACAACUAGAAGCUAGUUAGCUUAGCACAACAUAAACAUCUUUAAAAUUCAGGGAACAACUAGCAGCUAGUUAGCUAAGUUUAACAUAAACAUCUUUAAAAUUCAGGGAACAACUAGCAGCUAGUUAGCUAAGUUUAACAUAAACAUCUUUAAAAUUCAGGGAACAACUAGCAGUUUAGCGCAAUAUAAAUAUUCUGAAAUCCAAGGAGCAACUAGCAGCUAAUUAGCCUAGCUUAGCAUAAUGAUUGAAUCUUAUAAAAUCAAUAUGCUUCGCUUUGAACUGCCAAACUUUAUUGUAAAACUGGAUCUUUCCAUUGUUAAGUUGUUAAAACAGACAUUUAGGAAUUUUGUGUUUUUUUUUCCAUUGAGUUAAAGAAGCUUACUCUGGUUUAAUACUGACUGUACAGAUUUUCUUAUGUAUUUUUUUGAAAAAUAACUAAUCCACUCUUUUAACAGAACCAUUUCUAACCUUUUGUAAAUAUUUUUUAUUGCUAGUAGACACUAUCACCACUGUUAAAUAAAAAUAUCAAUGCCUUAUAUUUGGUGUUUUUGUACAAGAAACUCGGGGAGCAGAGGUUGAAAAAGCUUUCUCACAUGGACUUAUAAUACGAAUGUUUCUUUUUGUACAAGUAAAGCUUGUAUUUGUAAAAAAAAUCUAUGAUAAUAAAACAGACAACUACGAAA